AUGUCUGAAAAAAAUAAGAAAAAUGAACCAACUGCUAAACAGCAAAAACAGUUAUUAAAACAACAAAGAAGAUUCAAAUACACAGAUUUGGCUAUUCAAAACACUAAUAAUUCAUCCAUUACAUCCAAAAGAUCUGUAGAGGUUUUAUACUAUCCUAAAAUAGGUACGAAUAAAUCAAUUUCCGACCCCACUAAAACCAAGCAAUAUAUUGGUCAUUUUGUCAAGGGCAAAAUUCCAAGAAGAUCACCAUGCAUCAAUAGAGGGUACUGGCUAAGAUUGGAAGCUAUAAGGUCAAGGUUGUUGGAUAUUAUAGAAAGUAGCAGUAACAACACAACCAUUAUGAUCAUCAAUUUAGGUUGUGGGUUUGAUCCGUUACCAUUUGAGUUAUUAGAUUUUGAAGAUAAUGCCGAUUGUAAAGGGAAGUUUUACAAUAGUGAAAUUAACAACAACAUAGUUUUGAAAUUUCUAGAUGUUGAUUAUCCUGAUUUGGUUGCUGAAAAAUUACAAUUAAUCAAUUCUGAUCCAGAACUUUUAAAUAUACUAGCUCAGGGAGAUAACAAAAACCGUUACGACAUAGUUUCUUGUGAUCUAAACAAUAUAGAUUCAUUUGAAACAAAAGUUUUGAAAAAUAUAAUGAAGCAAGACCCUGGGAAUACUUUUAUUAAAGUAUACAUUGCUGAAGUUUCGUUGGCUUAUAUGAAACCUGAAUUGGCUGAUCAAGUUAUCAGUAAAUGUAGUACCUUGCCAAAUUCACAUUUUAUACUUUUGGAACAACUAGCUCCCAUGGGAGUUGAUGAACCAUUUGCUAAACAAAUGUUAAAACAUUUUAAAAAAAAUGAUUCACCUCUACAAUCUGUAUUGAAAUAUCAAGACAUGAAGUCUCAGAUCAAUAGAUUCACAGAUUUGGGAUGGCCCAAGGUUAAUUGCGGGGAUAUGUAUGAUUUGUGGGAGUCUUUGCCUGCAGAUCUGAAGAAUAAAGUGUCACAAGUGGAACCAUUUGAUGAAUUAGAGGAGUUUUUACUUUUCGCUCACUCGUAUAUCUUGUUACAUGCCACUAAUGUUUGCGAUAAUAAUAAUAAUAAUAAUAAUAAUAAUAAUAAUAAUAAUAAUAAUAAUAAUAAUGCUGUGGUAUUUCACAAACCGUUGAGGUAUACUAAAGGGACUAGUGAUCCGAAUAUCUCCUUUUAUGACCAGCAGUGUCUUCUUAAUGCUGACACUAAAUUUAAUUUUUCCUUUACAGAAUCUGGAAUUCAAAAGAAGUGUGGUGCUUGUUCGAGUGAUGGGUUGUAUUUUGGUGGCAUAUUCAAUGGGAGAUCAAAUGACAUUGUGACUUUUGAUAAAAAUGAAACAGUAAAACAGGAAACUACUAAUAGACCUACUCCUCGUGUAUUUCAUUCUUUUACUCAAAUUUCUAAAAACAGAUAUAUUUUAAUUGGAGGGCGGAUGGCUCCAAACAAAGUUUUAAAAGAUUGUUGGGAAUUUACCAAUUCCGAUAACGGCACAUGGAAAAAGUUACCUGACCCACCUUUUGAGCUUUACAGACAUUCCACCAUUAAAAUAGAUAACGAACUUUUAUUAAUUAUGGGCUCCCAAGUGCCUUUAUUGUAUAAUUUCAAUAACCAUAGUUAUGAUGAGGUUAGAAUUAGUGAUGAGGAUAGGGGGAAAAUAUGCUAUUUAGAAUCUGCUGCGGUUGCCUAUAAGAAUGGAUAUGGUGUAGUUAUCGGGGGAAUGAGCAAACAGCAGGCAACAGAUAUUAAAGCUGAAUUUAAUCCUGACUUGUAUGUUUUUAAAUUACUUAAAGGUGUGGAUGGUUGUUAUAGUUUGGAGAUAGUAAAUAGUCUCAAAGCCGAUCUAUUUAAAAGAUAUGGUGCUAGAUGUUGUUUUAUUGGUCAUGAGGAUACACUUUCUGUCCUUUUGAUAGGUGGGGUAAGUGAUAAAUAUGUGUUGGGCAGAGAAACCACUAUAAUAAAGAUUAAAAACAUUUUACCUAAAGGGCAAGAAAUGACUACAAUAGAACUUGUACCAAUUCCAAUUGAUAUCUGGAAUAUAGAUUCACCAUUUGUGUAUGUAGAUUUUGAAUUGGUGAUGUUGCAUAAACCUGAUGCUAAUAGUAGAAAUUAUAGUAUCAUUUUGUGUGGUGGUGGUGCUGUAUGUUAUGGCUUUGGAUCUGUUUGGAAUACAAAGAAUUUGAUUAUUACUACAGAAUAA